AUGCCUCAUACCGAUCUGAUCAUACUGACCCCAGGUCCAGUAAUCCCGUCUUUCACAGGGACCCUAAUUGCAUUGGCUGCAAUUUCACAAAAUAAGUUGGUAGACAUGUUGAGAUCAGCAGCUUUGUUAAGUCCUAUUGCUUAUUUGGGGCAAGUGAGAUCUCCUCUUGCAAAAAGUGCUUCUAAAGAUUUUAUAGCUGAAGGUUUGUAUUGGUUGGGAAUCCAUGAAUUUGAUCCAAGAGGAGAUGCUGUUGUCAAACUUUUGCAAAAAAUCUGCCAAGAUCCAGGCAACAAUUGCAGUGACUUGAUGUCUUCUUUCACUGGUCCAAAUUGCUGUGUGAACUCUUCAAGAACUGAUAUUUUUCUUGAGCAUGAACCACAGGCAACAGCAACAAAAAACAUGGUCCAUAUUGCCCAAAUGACAAGAAAAGGGACCAUAGAAAAAUAUGACUAUGGAAAUGAUGAAGAAAACAACAAACACUAUGGUCAGCCAACACCUCCAAAAUAUAUAAUGGCAAAUAUCCCAAAUGAUAUACCUCUUUUCUUAGGCUAUGGAGGGGCAGAUUAUCUUUCUGAUGUGACUGAUGUGCAAACUCUAUUAGAUAAGUUGCAAAAUCAUGAUCCAGACAAACUUGUGUUGCAAUAUAGAGAAGAUUAUGCACAUGCUGAUUUUGUUUUUGGUAUGAAUGCUAAACAAGUUGUAUAUAAUCCUAUAAUGGCUUUCUUCAAGCUUAAUUGAGAAGAUAUCCAAGUCUUGGUGCACAAAGUUAUCGGGUGGAAUUAGUCGAGACGUUCGCAACCUGGUCCCGAUCACAUCAUCGCAAUGAUUUAAAAAAGAAGACUUAAUUUAGAAGAUUAGUACUUUAAGAUGAUACAAAAAUUAUAAAGUUGAUGUAGGAUUUGUAAUUGUUCUUCAAUUAUGUAGAUAUUGUA